UCAUGAACAAAUUUGCUCCUCUCCUGUUAAAAGAGGUUGGUUAAUGUUGUUUGAACCAAAAGCUAGGUUUAUAGCUGCCUCGGCAAUUUUCAGAAAGGGGAAAACAAAACACGGUUAUUGAGAGAACACCCAAUUCGAAAGUUUUGUACUUUCCUCAAUUGGGUGUCAGUUUUCCACAUCAAAAUCUGAUUUUGAUUUCGCGACUCACCACUUACAAUUACAAAUUUACAACUCGCUUCGUUUCUUUCUGUUUCUGGGAACGGAAAUAACAGAACUGACACAACUACAACCCGUUCUCUAUUUCAGUAUUUCUAUUCUGAUUUAGUUGUAAAAACUAAUCUCAUUUUCUUUUUCUUUUAGUUUGCAAUGUGUCAAUAGAAUCUGCUUCGAGAUAGACCAAUUUUGUUUCUUCUUCUUCUCCUUUGUUUCUUUAGACUCUGAAAUGCCCUUCUUGUUAUUUUAUCUAAGGUUUCUUCCAUUUUCUCCUCAGCGUGUUGUUUGAAACAAAUAAUGGAGGGUUCAGAUUUUCUAAAUAGUAUCUCAGCUUCAAUAUUAUCAAAACAUUUCUCGGACUCUGAGAUUCUAUCCGACACGAUCCUAGGAUUGCCAUUUUUGGAACUUGCUGCAAUCUGCGUGAACCUUACCCUUGUUGUGUUGUUCCUCUUUGUUGUAUCCGUGAGGAAGAUUUGUGUGUGCGAAGGUCGGAUUCGAAUUAAUAAGGAAAACGGCAUCGCCACCAGCACCACCACCAUUAAUGGAAACAAUGGCAUUGAUGGUGAAGUUCAAAUAGGUUCAAUGUUCAAGUUCUCAGUGUUCUCUUGUUUCUAUGUCCUUUUUGUUCAAGUUGUGGUGCUUGGUUUCGAUGGGGUUUCUUUGAUUUCAAAUGGGGCUAAUGGAAAACAUGUGAACUGGUUCCUUCUAUUUGUGCCAUCUGCACAAGGUUUGGCUUGGUUUGUGUUGAGCUUCUCAGCAUUGCAAUGCAAGCUCAAAGUUUCUCAUAAGUUCCCUUUUCUCUUGAGGGUUUGGUGGUUAUUGUCCUUUGUUAUCUGUUUGUGCAAUUUGUAUGUUGACGUGAGAGGUCUUUAUAUGGAAGGUCCCAAAUACCUUUCCACUCGCGUAGUUGCAAAUUUCGCCGUCGCUCCGGCGCUUGCAUUCUUGUCUGUGGUUGCAAUUAGGGGUGUUACCGGUAUACAAGUUUGUGUGGACCCUGAUCUUCAGGAGCCAUUGCUUGUUGAAGAGGAGACGGGUUGUCUCAAGGUUACACCUUAUAAAGAUGCCGGAAUUUUCAGCUUGGCCACGCUUUCGUGGCUGAAUCCGCUUCUUUCCGUUGGUGCAAAGAGACCCCUCGAGCUUAAGGACAUUCCCCUUGUAGCGCCCAAGGAUAGAGCCAAGACUAGUUAUAAGAUUUUGAACUCAAAUUGGGAGAGAUUGAAGGCUGAAAACCCCUCUAAGCAGCCUUUGUUAGCUUGGGCGAUUCUCAAGUCGUUUUGGAAGGAAGCAGCCGUGAAUGCCAUCUUUGCAGGUCUGAAUACUUUGGUAGCUUAUGUUGGUCCAUAUAUGAUAAGUUACUUUGUUGAUUACUUGGGUGGCAUAGAGACUUUUCCUCAUGAAGGCUAUGUCCUCGCGGGAAUAUUCUUUGCUGCAAAGCUUGUGGAAACGCUGACGACUCGGCAGUGGUAUCUAGGAGUGGACAUCUUGGGUAUGCAUGUCAGAUCGGCUCUAACGGCGAUGGUGUACCAAAAGGGGCUAAGGCUGUCGAGCUCAGCCAAGCAAAGUCACACAAGUGGGGAGAUUGUCAAUUACAUGGCUGUUGAUGUUCAGAGGGUAGGGGAUUACUCUUGGUAUCUUCACGACAUGUGGAUGCUUCCGAUGCAGAUUGUUCUUGCUCUUCUAAUUUUGUACAAGAGUGUUGGAAUAGCUGCCAUUGCAACAUUGAUUGCUACAAUAAUUUCCAUUGUUGUAACUGUUCCUGUGGCUAGAAUACAAGAAAAUUACCAAGAUAAAUUGAUGGCUGCUAAGGAUGAAAGGAUGAGAAAGACAUCAGAGAGUUUAAGGAAUAUGAGGAUUCUCAAGCUACAAGCUUGGGAAGACAGGUAUCGUAUACAAUUGGAGGAAAUGCGUGGAACGGAAUACAAGUGGCUGAGGAAAGCGCUCUAUUCUCAGGCUUUCAUAACCUUCAUAUUCUGGAGCUCCCCGAUUUUUGUGUCGGCAGUCACUUUUGCUACUUGCAUAUUGUUGGGUGGUCAGCUGACAGCAGGCGGUGUCCUUUCUGCCCUGGCUACAUUUCGGAUCCUCCAAGAACCUCUGAGAAACUUUCCGGACUUGGUGUCAACGAUGGCUCAGACAAAAGUUUCGCUUGAUCGGAUAACUAGUUUUCUGCAGGACGAAGAAUUGCAGGAAGAUGCAACUAUCGUCUUGCCACCAGGCAUGACUGACACUGCCGUAGAGAUCAAGGAUGGUGUCUUCUGCUGGGACCCUUCUUUGUCUAGGCCUACACUGUCAGGAAUACAUAUGAAAGUCGAAAAGGGCAUGCGUGUGGCUGUUUGUGGCAUGGUUGGUUCUGGGAAAUCAAGCUUCCUUUCUUGCAUCCUUGGAGAGAUUCCUAAGCUUUCGGGUGAAGUUAAAGUAUGUGGCACUGCUGCAUAUGUCUCCCAAUCAGCAUGGAUACAGACAGGAAAUAUAGAAGAAAAUAUCCUCUUUGGAAAUGCGAUGGACAAACCAAGGUACAAGAAGGUUAUUCAUGCUUGUUCACUGAAGAAGGACCUAGAGCUUUUCUCACAUGGAGACCAAACAAUUAUCGGUGAUAGAGGUAUAAACCUCAGUGGUGGCCAGAAGCAGCGGGUUCAGCUUGCACGAGCACUUUAUCAAGAUGCUGAUAUUUAUCUCCUUGAUGAUCCCUUUAGUGCAGUUGAUGCCCACACCGGAUCGGAUUUGUUCAGGGAGUAUGUAUUGACAGCAUUAGCCAAAAAAACAGUCAUUUUUGUGACGCAUCAAGUUGAAUUUCUGCCUGCUGCUGAUCUGAUACUGGUCCUUAAAGAAGGACAAAUCAUACAGGCCGGAAAAUAUGAUGAGCUUCUACAAGCUGGAACAGAUUUUAAGACUCUAGUUUCAGCUCAUCAUGAAGCAAUAGAGGCUAUGGAUAUUCCUUCUCACUCAGAUGAAUCAGAUGAAAACAUGUCCCCAGAUAGAUCUAUUAUGACAGAAAAGAGAUCCUCUGCUUCACUCGACAUUGAUGGUCUAGCAAAGGAAGUGCAAGAGGGAUCAUCCGAUCAGAAGGCAAUCAAGGAGAAAAAGGCAAAGCGCUCAAGGAAAAAACAACUUGUUCAAGAAGAGGAGAGGGUUAGAGGUCGUGUGAACAUGAAGGUUUACUUGUCGUACAUGGCUGCAGCAUAUAAAGGCUUAUUGAUUCCGCUCAUAAUUAUGGCACAAUCAUUAUUUCAGUUCCUUCAGAUUGCUAGUAACUGGUGGAUGGCUUGGGCAAAUCCUCAAACUGCUGGAGACGAGCCAAAAGUAACUCCAACUGAGCUUCUUCUCGUGUACAUGGCCCUUGCUUUUGGCAGCUCAUUGUUCAUAUUUGUAAGGGCUGUUCUGGUAGCUACAUUUGGUCUUGCUGCUGCGCAAAAAUUAUUUUUCAGCAUGCUCAGAAGUAUUUUCCGUGCACCAAUGUCUUUCUUUGACUCUACACCAUCUGGAAGGGUCCUGAAUCGGGUUUCUGUUGAUCAAAGUGUUGUGGAUCUCGACAUUCCUUUUCGACUUGGAGGGUUUGCUUCAACAACAAUACAGCUCAUAGGAAUUGUUGCUGUAAUGACAACAGUUACAUGGCAAGUUUUCCUCCUGGUUAUCCCAAUGGCUAUUGCUUGUUUGUGGAUGCAGAAAUACUACAUGGCUUCCUCAAGGGAACUGGUACGAAUUGUAAGCAUCCAAAAAUCUCCAAUAAUACAUCUUUUCGGUGAAUCAAUUGCGGGAGCAGCCACCAUCAGAGGUUUUGGACAAGAAAAAAGGUUCAUGAAGAGGAACCUUUACCUUUUGGAUUGUUUUGCACGGCCAUUCUUUUGCAGCCUUGCAGCUAUUGAGUGGCUAUGCUUGCGCAUGGAAUUACUCUCCACUUUUGUGUUUGCUUUCUGUAUGGUACUACUUGUAAGUGUUCCCCAUGGAAGUAUUGACCCCAGCAUGGCUGGACUUGCCGUGACGUAUGGCCUGAAUUUGAAUGGACGUCUAUCUCGGUGGAUACUUAGCUUUUGCAAACUUGAAAACAAAAUUAUAUCUAUCGAAAGGAUUUAUCAGUACAGCCAAGUUCCUAGUGAAGCACCUGCAAUUGUUGAUGAUUCUCGUCCUCCGUCCUCAUGGCCCGAGAAUGGAACAAUCCAAAUAGUUGAUUUGAAGAUACGAUACAAGGAAAAUCUUCCCAGGCACUGGAUAAGUCUCAGCUUGGAGAGGUUAUUCGAUCAAAAGGACAAAAGCUUGAUACGCCGGUUCUAGAAAAUGGAGAUAAUUGGAGUGUAGGGCAACGACAACUUGUUGCUCUAGGCCGAGCCCUAC